AUGGCCGACGCUUUAGUUACUAUUGCUGCCGAGGCGAUCCUGAAAAAGGUAGCAUCCAUAGCUGCCAACGAAAUCGCCCUUGCUUGGGGUUACAAAGAGAAGUUGUACACACUUGAAGGGACCUUGAAACUGAUUCGUGCCAAGUUACAGGAUGCCGAGAAUCAGAAAGGUCAAAAACAUGGUGUUAUCGAGUGGCUGAAACAACUAAAAGAUGUGGUUGGUGAAGCUGAUGAUGUGGUGGAUGAGGUUCACUAUGAAAUGUUGAGGCGUGAGGUAAAGAACCGAGAUCGGGUGGCAAUAAAGGUACCCUCUUUCCCAAGCUUGAAAAAGCUUUUCUUUCGUAGUGAAAUGGGUCAUAAAAUCAAAAACAUUAACGAAAAGUUGUCUCAAAUCAAUAAAGAAGCAAACGAGUUGGGACUACAAAAUGAACAGCCGGGCCCUGUUGUUCAAUAUCGCCCCUACCCGGAGACGGAUCCAAAUUUAGGCGAACUCAGAGUUGUUGGGAGGGAGGAUGAUGAAGAGCGCAUCAUACACCUUUUAACCGAGUCAAGAAAAGAAGAAAAACUUACGAUUGUUCCUAUUGUGGGAAUGGACGGGAUGGGGAAGACCACUCUGGCUAAGUCCGUAUAUAAUAAUCCAAAAAUCCAGCAAUAUUUUGAUGUGAAAGCGUGGUUGUGUGUGUCGGUUAAGGUUGACAUCAACACACUUCUGGCAAAGAUCUAUGAAUCUGUUGUAGGAGAGAAACCUAAGUCGGAAACAAUGGCCAAUUUAGUUCGAGAUCUUGAAAAGAAGUUGGGAGCAAAAAGAUACUUGCUAGUCCUGGAUGAUGUUUGGGACGAAGAGAGAUUAUAUUGGGAAGAUUUUAGGAGAGUUAUGAUAAAUGUGAAGUCACAAAUUGGAAGUAGCAUUCUUGUCACUACCAAGAAACUUGACAUCGGAACGAAGGCUAUGUCUAUGGAUUCAUGUUCUUUAAAAGGUCUUUCUGAUGAUGAUUGUUGGAACAUCUUUAAAGAGAGGGCGUUUUUAGCAGGACAAUCACCACUAUCCGAAUUGGAGAAGAUAGGACGUGAUAUUGUGAAAAAGUGUCAUGGUUUGCCUUUGUUAGUAAGGGUAAUAGGUGGUAUGUUGCAAAAUUACAAUGACCCAGAAAAGUGGUUGGCCAUCAAAAAUAGCAAAGUUUGGGAUCUAGAAGAUGAAAGGGAGAGAGUUCAAAAGAGUUUGGAACUGAGCUUUGAAAAUCUCCCCAAUUCUAUGGCCAAGCAAUGCUUCACAUAUUGUUCCAUCUUUAAGAAAGAUACACUCAUGGAAAGGGAAGAACUGGUUCAACUUUGGAUGGCUUUAGGGUUGGUUCAAGGGGAUGAGGAAAGAAACAAGGAGAUGGAGGAUGUGGGGAAUGAUAUUUUUCAAAUUUUGGUUAGCAAUUCCUUGUUCCAAGAUGUUGGAAGGGAUAAGUAUGGUCACAUCACUCAUUGUAGCGUGCAUGAUCUGGUUCAUGAUCUUUCAUUAUCACUUUCAAAACAUGAAAACUUAUGUCUGGUGGAUGCGACAAAUGAUGACAUUGCAUGUAUCCCUCAGGUUAAACAUCUUUCAUUAUCACUUUCUUUUUACCAAAAACAGAACGAGGGUGAUGAAUUGAAAGCCAAGGUUUCUAUGUUCAUUGAAAGGAAUACAGUGGCUAGAACUUUGCAUACAUUGUUCAUCAAAGGUGAAGUUGAGAAGAAGUUUUCGUUUCAACGAUUAAAGUGCAUACGUAUCCUAAAACUCAAUGGAUAUAGUAUUGAGAAGUUAGACGAUUCAAUUGGAGGGUUGGUGCAUCUCAGGUAUCUGGAUUUGAAAUAUACAAUGAUCCGUGUUCUUCCUGAAUCUAUUGGUAAGUUAUACCACUUGCAAACUCUGAAGUUGCCUAAUGACAUUAUGAAGUUUCCAGAAACAAUAAGAAAUUUGAUAAGCCUGCGAUACUUCAAGCGUGUCCAAGACAUUCCUGCUAAUAUCCUGGGACAAUGGAUUCUUAUCCGAAAUUUGCCUUCCUUCAUAGUGCUUAGAAGGAAGGGACAUGGUAUUGAAGAGCUACGCCAUUUAAAUAACCUUACUGGAAGCCUCUGUAUUUCACAUCUAGAGAAUGUCCGUAGCAAAGAGGAUGCUGUCAAGGCAGAUUUAUCUAGAAAGAAAAAUUUAUACGAGAUUGAAUUCAAUUGGAUUUGGAGUAGAAGUUAUGCAUUUGACAGAAACGACAAGGAUGUAUUGGAAGGCUUGCAACCCCCACGAGAUGUGAAAAAGUUGACAUUUAGGAAUUUUUAA